GUGGACGCGGGGCUCGUCAAGACAUUCAUGGACAAGUGCGUGGGUGAGGCCCACGAGUACUCGGCCGGGGUGCAGAGCAAGGGCGCUGCUGCAGUCGAGACCAUCAUAAAGCGGGAGGUGGACGCUGCCAUUGCGCAGGGGGCCGAGCCAUGCACGAAGGCGGAGUUUGAGAAGGGCUUAUCUGCUGGCAAGGCGUCGCAGGAGCUCUUGGCCAAGGCGAAGGCUGUUCGCUCGGCGUGCGAUGCGCAGCGGGCGUUGCUGGUCGGCAUGCAGGGGCUCAAGGGCAACGCCGUUUUCGAGAAGGCCAAGGUGCGUGAGACGGAAGCGCACUUGAAGAGCCUGUGCGACAGCGUGAACCUGGUGGAGGACAGUUGCGGCGUACCCGAGGAGUGGAGAUCCAAGUGCGAGGAGUUCGUCGCGAAGGCCCGGGAGACAUACAGGGCUGGGGCUGAGGCCAGGCUGAAGCCACAUAUCGAGAAGCUCGCCAGAGCGAGCAGGGAGACCGAGGGGCGCAUCGCCAAAGUGCCCCAGGUGAAGAACGAGCUGAUCUUCACGAAGCAUUUGGACACUAAAAGCACGAGCAGCGACGCUUUCGCCAACUGGCAGAAGGAGCUGGAGAAAGGCAUGGCAGACAUUCAGUCCAUCAGCAAGCGCCUCGGCAAUGAGAACUUCUACGAGACCGUCGACAACGCGGCGGAGCUCUUCACAACGUGCAACACGCAGGUGGGUACGAUCAGAG